GCGGCACACACGCGCCGAGCUCCCGGCGGCCCUCGCGGCAGGUUCCGGGCGUCCGGGUAGUUCGUGAUGGCGGGGACUGGUUCCGCUGCUGUGUCUGGAGCCGGGACGCCGGUAGCGGGGCCUGCAGGCCGUGACCUGUUCGCCGAGGGGCUUCUCGAGUUUCUGCAACCGGCUGUCCAACAGCUCGACUCUCACGUCCACGCAGUCAGAGAGAGUCAGGUAGAACUCCGGGAACAGAUUGACAACCUAGCCACAGAACUGUGUCGUAUCAAUGAGGAUCAGAAAGUGGCCCUGGAUCUUGACCCCUACGUGAAGAAGUUACUUAAUGCCCGGCGCCGAGUUGUCUUGGUCAACAACAUUCUGCAGAAUGCUCAGGAGAGGCUGAGGCGGCUAAACCACAGUGUUGCUAAGGAGACAGCGCGGAGGAGAGCAAUGCUGGAUUCAGGAGUUUACCCUCCUGGUUCACCAAGCAAGUAA